AUGCUUGGGUUGCCAGCUUCAACCCAGGUCACACGUUACAACGAGAAGGACCACGCCGGCAUUGCCGAAGGCACCGCCUUUCCCACGGACAACCUUCCCAAGUUCUUUGCCCAGAACGGCUUCGCUGGUGUUGAUCCCAAGAAGACCAAGAAGAACGGUGGUGGUAGAGGCAACUGGGGCAAUCCUGGCGAGGAAAUCGUUGAUGAGCAAUUCAAGUUCACCAACGAGCGUCGUCGGUCCAACAGCAGCGGCUACUCCAACCAUCUCCAUGACUUCAAGACCAAGUUCGAGAUCAAUGAGCCCGAGCCCGUCUUUGAGGAGAGCGUCCACGGCCCUGAGGCUGAGGAUGACGAGAACCUCACCAAGACCGAGACUUCGUCCAGCGCCGGCAGCUCCAUGGACGAGAAGAACAAGAACAUGUAA